UAAGAGAAAAUGCUAGAAGGUCUGUGAGAAACAAUGGCCAAUGAGCCCUUGGCGACCAUCCUGGUGCUUUGAUACUAGGCGGUGGCGCUGCUGCUGCUGCUGCCUGACUUCACACAAUCGCACAGUUCAAUACAGUUCUCAGCUUCACCGCCAAGCCGAAGGUCCCAAGUUCCAUUGCAGAAGGCUAUAAAAACUGAAAGAAAAGCAACAACAAGCAAGAAUACAGGAUUCUGGGUGCACUGUGCGCAAAUCAAAUUGGAAACAAACCAAAAACUGAGAAAAACCCUGCCUUCUUCCUCUUCUUCCUCUUCCUCUUCCUCUAUAACCCAGUCAUCUUCUCCUCCCCACCCCACCCCCUAUACAGUUCAAUUCCAUGAGUUCAGUGCAUCUCUAAAUAGAGGAGAAUUUAGAAAGAAACGAAUUAACUAGUUGGCUAACCAACUGACCAGCAUUAAACGAAUCAGCCCAAUAACCAACUAGUCGCUAUGAGAUGAGAUACAGAUUAGCAGAGAAGAAGGGUUGGCAACUGAGACAUCACUCCUUGCCAUCAAUCAACCCAUCCCUCCUCAUUCUCUCUUUCUCUCCUGCUGUACCUCCCCCCACGCCAACAACAAUUUUGCCAGAAAGGAGAUGAAAACACCGGCUGCCGUAACUGCAAAGAGGAAGGAGAAGAUCAUCUUCGGCGAACCUAGUUUGUUAGAGUGUCAUUACCAGCCACUGCAACUACAACAAGGAGAAGGUCCUUGCUGUCAGUAUGAAGAAGAAGAAAAGCCCUAAUUGAUGUUAUCCAAAUCCUCUAUUCUUGCAAGCUGGACCUGUGAGCUGUUAUUGUGUUAAUAAUGUCUAGUCCCAACAGAUCAACUAUGAUAGUGGCUUCUGAUUCUUCAGAUCAAAGUAGAGCACAUAAGGAAAACUCAAACAUGAAUUCCCUGCAACCACCUUUGGUGCCGACCCAAAAUUCCUCAUAUGGUUCUGUGGCUAUUCUUUGGGACAUUGAGAACUGUCCUGUUCCAAGUGAUGUACGCCCUGAAGAUGUAGCUGGCAACAUCAGAAUGGCUUUGCGGGUCCAUCCUGUAAUCAAGGGAGCCGUGACAAUGUUCUCUGCAUAUGGGGAUUUUAAUGCCUUCCCUAGGCGACUGAGGGAAGGUUGCCAGAGAACUGGUGUAAAGCUUAUAGAUGUGCCAAAUGGAAGAAAGGAUGCUGCAGACAAGGCCAUAUUGGUUGACAUGUUUCUUUUUGCUCUUGACAAUCGCCCACCAUCUUCCAUCAUGCUGAUAUCAGGGGAUGUUGAUUUUGCUCCAGCACUGCAUAUACUUGGUCAACGUGGGUAUACUGUGAUUCUGGUGAUUCCUUCUGGUGUGGGUGUUUCAUCUGCCCUCAGUAAUGCUGGUAGGUUUGUAUGGGACUGGCCUAGUGUGGCUCGUGGAGAAGGCUUUGUGCCUCCUCGUAGAGAUUUAAUCCCCCCUCGGGGAAAUCCAGCUGAGAUUGCUGGGUAUCUUAUGGAGUGCCACUUAUAUGAUAACCCUGAUGGUCAGAAUGAAGAGGAAGCAAUUGUUUACGGAGGGAUCUCACAAAAUGUUUUCAACUCAAGGGGUUUCUCAAUGAUAUCACGGUCUUUAUCUGAGUAUAAUAAUACUUCAAUAACUAUGCCCUGUUUUCCAUCAACUUUAAGGUCGUUAAGCCUUCCAUCUGGUUUGAAUGAAGUUACGGAAGGAUCAGCUGCUUCUCGUAACCAGAACGAUUUGAUUUGGGUACAACCUGGAGAUUUAAAUGGCUUGAAGGUACAGCUGGUUAAGCUUCUUGAAUUGUCUGGGGGAUGUCUGCCUCUUACCCGUGUUCCUGCUGAGUACCAGAAAAUAUUUGGGAGGCCUCUUUACAUGUCAGAAUAUGGUGCGCCUAAGCUUGUGAAUCUUCUCAAGAAGAUGUCCGACACAAUAGUCGUAGAUGGAAAAGGCCAAAAGAAGCUUGUCUGGCUCCGGAAUUUAAGACCUGGACCAAGUGCACCCCCACUAACUCUGGCAAAGAAGGAUACAAAAGGGAAGGGGAGUCAGGAAGAUAAUAAUAUAGCAGGUGCUGGUUCUUCAGAUGAGUUCUCCGAUGAAGAGAGGGUAGUCGUAGAGGAAUGUGAUGAGCAGAUAGGCAUAGAGAAGAUUGCUCCGAGAAUGGCAUCUAGAUAUGAUACUGGUGACCCAAGUCUUGAACAGUUCAAGCAUGAGCUGCAGGAGAUUCUAGUAAGUUACUCUUGUCGGAUUUUCCUUGGUUCCUUUGAGGCUAUAUAUCAACAACGGUACAAGAGGCCACUGGAUUACAAGAGGUUUGGUGUGAAGAAGCUGGAGGAGUUAUUGGACAGGGUGAGAGAUAUUGUGGUUUUGCAUGAGGAACCAGGAAGCAACAGGAAGUUUCUGGUCACUGCUGGUGGCUAGAAGAAUGGAACAAUCUGGCAUCUUUUUGAGUUUUUAGCAGUCUUUAACUAAUUAGGAUCUUUGUAGCGUUGGUGUACUUGAUGGUGCCCGUUACCCUUGUUCCUUCCAGUUUUUUCACCUGGAAGUUACAUAACCGUGAUAGGAAAAUGCUACUUUUAUUUCAUGCCUAACAGUGUUUUGCAGGUGAAUAUCAAAUUUCCAUGUAAGAUGUGUGAUUCAGUCCCUGUAAUAGAUCAAAUACCCAAACCAAUUGUCUGUAAAUAAACAUCCGUUUUAACUUGUACUUC